AUGGUCAAAAUCACUCUUACGUCUCUUACCAUCAUGGCUACCAGUCUUGGUCUUGCCCUUGCAAGCAACUGCCAAUACCAGCUAGAUUAUUGCGGCUAUAACCUACUCAAUCGAGGUCAGUUUCUGGCGGUUCUGACCCAAGCACGUGCCAAAGGCAAUUACUAUGAUGACAUCUACAACGAGCUCCAGCGAUCUGGCCAACCAACCGACAAAGCCCAUAUUGAGAACUCUCUCUUUUACUGCGCUAAUGGAGGCAACGGCGCCAUCACUUUCCUCAGCUUUUGCGGUAACAGUUGCUCAAACGGUGGUAGUGACCAUAGUGACUGGUGUUAG